UAUUCAGAAACAAAUCGGUUCAAGGAAUUGCCUGUUGCAUGAGAGUAUUUAGUAAAAGUUUGGAAACUGUUGCAGAAUAAUGACACAAGUUUUGGAUCCGAUGUUAGACAGUCAGUCGAAAUUCACUUCAACAUCAAUAUCAAAGUUUGAUGACAGCAUGGAGAAUACGUGGCAAGACUUCGAGCCUCUGCUGUACUGCGACAACACUCCGUACGAGAGCAGCAUGGUGCAGAUGAUGGCUGAUGCAAUGAGAGCCAGCCCGGAGGUCGCAAACAUCCCAUCGCCAGGCAUGCCGGUCUCCCCCAGUGGAAGUACAGGCACCAACAUCUCCAGCCCGGGCAGCAGCCCCAGCUACUCGGCCGGCAUGAAGUCCCCAGGGCAGAUGUCGCCAGGCAACCAGCAGUUGUCGCCAAUGUCCCAGGAGCAGUACGACGAACUGCUCGACUUGGAUUUUAUUCUUAACAACACCUCGGAAGCCAAUCUGUAUCCCGAGGACACUGGGAUGAAAAUCAAACAGGAGCCCAUUACUGCUCCCGAACCACUGCCAGAUUUCCAUUCCGCAUUUUUGGAUAUUCCAGACAUCAAAUUCGACAGCAGUGUCCAGGACAUUCAGUCGUCGCUGCACGAUCCUAGCCUCACCGCAAUGAACAUUGAACACGCUGAGCGUUUCAACAAGCGGCCCGUGGAUUGCAAGACUGUGAUUCCCAAACAAGAGUUCCCGAUUGCUCAGCACCCGUGCGCCACGUUUGGAGCGAUGACACUCAUUCCUGCUGCACAACAGAUGCCCUUCAGUCUUGCCGGUCAGAUCUCGCCACCGUCGUCCCCAGACGGCGACCACCACCACAUGAAAUGCCACCCCAUGACCAUGUUCCAGAACCACCACCACCACCACCAGGCCAUGAUGUUGCCACAGCACAUCCUGCCCAAGAUGGGCCAGAUGCCUCCGCACCAGAUGAUAACGCCGCCAUCCUCACCACAGCUUGUCGAUCUGCUGCUCCCACAGCCGACCCUUGAUGCACAGCCCAAGAAGAGGGGUCGACGGACGUGGGGGAGGAAACGCCAGACCAGCCACACCUGUACUCAUCCAGGGUGUCUGAAGACCUACACCAAGAGCUCCCACCUGAAGGCUCACCUGAGAACGCAUACAGGGGAGAAGCCUUACCACUGCACGUGGAAAGGGUGCGGGUGGAAAUUCGCGCGCUCUGACGAACUCACUCGCCAUUACCGAAAACACACGGGCGACCGACCAUUCCAGUGCCACCUCUGCGAGCGUGCGUUCUCCAGAAGCGACCACUUGUCCCUUCACAUGAAGCGCCACAUAUGAACAUUCUGAAAAGACUCAUGGUGCAGGACCAAGUUCAUUGACUGAACAUUAAAUGCGGUUGCAUAAAUAUGCAAAGAGUAACAUGGUGGGGCCUAAUCUUUGUGUAACCACCCCCAGUGACGUAUAUACCGGACUUGGAUGAGCUAUGUUUUCAAGCUUUGACAUUUUACAAUGUAAAAACGACUAUAAGCUGUGCUUAUUAAGGUGGUGUUUUAUUGAACGUUCCGGUGUCAUUGGGGUUAUUUUUUGGUAUUCUAUGUUGCCGUUAAGGGGCUUUCCAACGAAGUCUUGAAAUAGGUCAUAUGCCCAGUUGGGGCGACCAUUUAUGCAAUAUAUUUCGGCUGGUUUCCGAUUUUUCGACGGCUGGUUCCGUGUUAAGUUUGGUGCCAAAUCUGCAUUAACAAAAUUCUCCCUUGAUCGAUAGGCCCCCCUGCUUGGGCUCUUCGAGUCUACAAGCUAGGGGGCCGAAGAGGUGAAAUUGAAAUGCUCCCAUACUCGAUUCUUCCGUUUAUACAUGUAUUCGUUUUUUUUUGGUUUUAUGUUGCAUUUAUAUAUUAGAAAAAGAAACCUUUGGUCGGUGACACUUUUGUCUCAAACUGAGUUUGAAUUUUUUGGGCCAAACCAUUUUAGUACUGCCUGGUUGCAGAUGUGUUUUGUUGCUUAGUGACGUUGCUUAACCCAAUCACUAUAGUCGUUUAAUGUAUUCUAUGUCCUAUCGCUAUGGUCUACUUCGUUAUUGCUUACCUCCCUUACCAAGAUACUUUCGUUCAUUCAAAACUCGGUUUCUUUGUCUUGUAAACGUUCUUUUUUUCUUUUCGUUUUCUGCCCCGAUUUUAUGUUGUGGUUUUUUGGCGUUCAAUAUAUAUAUUAUUUUAAGAAGUGUUAAAGGUGCAAUUAAAAAUAUAACAACGGGGUUUAUCAAGCUAGUAGGAGUAUAUACACAAUUAAAAAAAAAAAAAUGCUGUUUAUUUUGAACAAAAUUAAUCCUACUAUAUAUUUAAUUAAUUGUUGACCAUACAGUUAUCUAUAUAUUAUUAAAUUAGUUUUGUUAAAAUUUAUUGAUAUUAUAUAUAUAUAUUUAAUGUCUACUUAAACAGAUAAAAUAUUAUGUUUAACUUUGAUAUUAGUAUAUUUAUAGAUAUAUAGAUAUUUAUAAAAAAAACCCAGACAACUGAAAACCCAUUGUGAUAUUCGUUUUCAGAAAAUAUAUUAUAUAAAUAUCUUUAUAAAACAUUGAUUAGCUUGAUAAACCACCUGUGAAACUGCUUGUGUUCAACUUACACUCGACUCUUGUUUACGUUUUCAAUUUUAACAAUGUGGUGCUGUGACCGAAUUAUACAUUCGUUGAGUUUGCCUAACAACAUUUUAAUAUCGUUAUUCUCCCCUCUAAUGUCGUCAAAUUGGCGUUGCUGCUCUUGUUACAAAGUGAAAAGAGCAAUAUCUUGUUAAGAUGGAAAUUGAAAAUCGGAAAUACUUUCAUAAACGUUACUUAAGUUUAUUUUAGAAUUCAAAUUUCUAAUGAAACCAAACCAAAACGUUAAGUGUAUUGUGUAUAUAAUUGUCAAGAUAUCCAUAGCGAACAUGGUAUCGGUGCUUGUUAGUGGUGGGUUUUCGAGAAUUAAUCGGAAAGAAAAAUAUAUCGUUAAUUAUAAAAUAUUUUUAUAAGUGCUAAAAAACCCUAGUCUGUUUUAUUGUGCCAUAUGAAUGAUACAACACACAUUAUAUAUUAUAUAUGUACAUAUAUAGUGCUCGUUGCCUAUGCUACAUCUUUCAUCAAAGGACAUUGUUAUUUCUCAUACAGAAUAAACAUUAUUUAUUUUUUAA